AUCCCCAAGCACCCACAUCAGUAGUCCGCCGCGGAGUCGAAGGUCGUGUAAAAUUCGAAAAAGUUUCUUCGCUUUUUACUCAGUUUGAUCGAAACAUAGUUUUGCAAUAGUUGUUUUUAGCAAUAGUAUGAAGAGCUAGAGUUCUGGUGAAGAAUGUUCAGUUUUGGCAAGAAACCUGCUGCUCCGAAGCGGGACAAGAAACGAGAUCCAUCCGAGUUCGGUCUGUUUGGUAUAGGAGACGAUAUCGUAGGCAUCGGUGAUGAUGACGACGAUUUGGGCGACGACGGAGACGAUGGUGAUUUGGAAGCGGAACUAGCAGCGAUAGCCUCUGGUUCUGGAGCGGGAAGGAAGCCCAGACCGAAGCCUAAACCCAAGGGAAACAUUGUAGCACCGGAGGCAUUAGAUGCCAUGGUAGCGGCUAGUCUGCGAGAUGUCGGGAGCGACGAGGAACUUUCCGGAGAUGAUGAUGAUCCGGAUCUAUUAAGUGAGCUUGCGGAAAUUGCUGGCGGAAGUGUGGCUGACGAUGAGCCGGAAGUAGAUAGAGCAUCGCCUCCAAAGCGAGCAGCGUCUAGUGGAUCAAGCAUGAAGGAUCUAAUCAAGUCAAGGAUUGAGAUGUACACGAUUGCGGAGGAAAACGCUAAGAAAGCUAACGAUUCCUCCAAAGCUAGAAGGUUCAAUCGAGGAUUGAAGACUCUGAAAGAUUUAUUAAAGCAAGCAGAGGCUGGCAAGACUGUGGAUCCCAGUGAUAUACCUCCCGAAGUGAGUGUGAAAUCCGGUGCUUCUGCACCAAAACCAGAUCCACCAAAAGAAGAAAAUUCACCGGACGUUCCAAUAGUUCCCACAAGGAAAGCUCCGGCCCCUCCUCCAGCAGCUCCAGCACCCGUUUUUGAACCUACUACUAUUUCAAGUACCCCGGAAUCCAAGCCAGAACCACCAGUUAAUCCCCAGCUAGCUCUGCUUAAUAACCGAAAAUUGCAGUACAAAACAGCUGCACUAGAAGCGAAAAAAGUAGGAAACACAGAUAAAGCUAUCCAGUAUAUAAAGAUAGUAAAACAAUUCGACUCGGUCAUUAGUGCGUUAGAGAAUGGACAAGAGGUAGAUCUUAGCAAAAUGCCACCUCCUCCUGGAGAGCUCGAAAAAUCUCCCAUUGCAACUCCACCACCUGUGCCUCCUCGUGCUAAAAAAGAGGAAGACCACACCCAAAAACACGCCGAAGUGCCUGCGAUCAGUACUCCUCUAACCCAGGAAGAUCCGGAACAACCACCUGAAGAGGAGCAGGAGGAAGUUCUCAUCCAAGCCACCACCAUUGCCGAGGCUUUGCAACAACGGCUAGAAAAGUAUCAAUCCGUUGAGAAGGCGGCCAAAGACGAAGGCAACGCUUCGAAAGCCCGUCGGAUGGGACGCAUCGUAAAGCAAUAUCAAGAUGCUAUUAAACUACACAAAGCGGGUAAACCGAUUCCUAUUGAUGAGCUUCCCACUCCACCGGGAUAUGCACCGAUUCCAGUAGAUGGACCUCCGCAGGCAGCUGCUAAGCCGGCCCCACCACCGAAGCCAGCUCCUCCGGCAGUGCCGCCAGUGGUUUCCCCUGGGAGUAGCUCUGCAACAAGUCCAGUUGCUGGUCCCAGUAAAGCACCGAAACCGCCACAAACCCAGAACGAAAAGCAAAUUGCCCUCCUGAUGGAACGCCAAAAAGAAUUCCGACAGGCUGCCGUCGAGGCCAAAAAUGCCGGAGAACUCGAGGAAGCCAAGGAAUACCUGCGGGUAUUCAAAGGUUUGGAAAAGCUCAUUGAUACCGCUCGUGGUGGCAUCCCCAUCGAUAUGAGCACCAUUCCGAUAGCGCCGAAUAAGCGAUCAUCCCUAGAAGAUUCCUUCACUGUCGUUGCUCAAGAGGAUUGCACUCCCUCAGACGAUGCCGACGUAGAUUUGAACACUCGGCUCGAGGAGCAGCUGUCCAAACAGCUGAUAAUGUGUAGGAACACCCGAGAUCAUCAUCGGGCGAUGGGCGACGUUGCCGGAACGAAUCGAUUCGAGAACUUGGCUCUCAGUGUGCAAAAAGAUCUGGACUUUGUGAGACUAGCUCACCGGAAGCGAUUGCCGAUUCCCAAGUUCCACUACGAAAUGAAGCAGUUCAAUGUGGUGAAAUGCAAUACAGAUUUGACCGAUAACGAGGUAGAAGUGACAAUAGCUAGAGGCAUCAAUUACAACGUUCCCAAUCCGAAGGAUGUGGACACCUACGUGAAACUGGAGUUCCCCUAUCCACAGGAUGACCCUUUGAAAGCAAAAACUGCACUGGUGCGGGACACCGAUAAUCCGGAUUAUAACCAUCGGCAAAGCAUCGAAAUCCACAGAAGUCAACGGGCGUGUCAACGGAUAUUCAAAAGACAAGCUCUCAAAUGCGAAGUCUUCUCCAAAGGAUGUUGGGGUGCUGGAUGCUUCCCGUUGUGCUGCUGCAACUGCAGUUGUUGUCCAUCAUCAUCAUCAUCAUCAUCAUCAUGUGCCAGGUCUAGCAUUUUCUCAUCCUCUUGUUUCAGUGGUUUUCUUCGUUCAGAUACGCUCAUCGGAACGGUCACGGUGAAACUGCAGCCUCUGGAGACGCAGUGCGAGAUUCACGAUUCAUUCCCGCUGAUGGACGGUCGUAAAACAGUCGGCGGUAAGCUGGAAGUGAAGAUACGUGUUCGGAAUCCGAUCCUGACCAAACAGAUCGAACAGAUAAACGAAAAGUGGCUGAUUAUUGAUGCAUGAGUUGAGCCACCAUCAGCGCUCCCGACUGGUCACGAUAGUCGGUUAUCAGUACUAGGAUACACUUGAUCUAUGCUGGACAACUAGGCUACUCUGUGUACGGCUGGAGAAUUCAUUGAUGGAUGGCAGAUGUGAGAUUGAUUGUCCAGUGAAAGAAGUAAAAACUAAGAGAAUGAAAUCUAAACAACUAUACCUACUAUUGCAUAGAGAUAUUCGGACGGCGCAGCAAAACAUUGGACGACUGUAGUUAGGUAAGCUGUUGAAUCUACGUGAUCGAAACAAUCGAGAUAAAAAAAUACGCUUUAAUCUUUUGUGGUACGUUAAGGGAGGGAGGGAUUGUUAGUAGCAACGAAUGUCGAGUUGUGAUGAACGAUAGGACAGCUUUACGUUAUAAGGUGUAUCUUUGAAAGGAAUAAAAGUGCUUGUGUUAGAAA